CAAAGUCCUUUCAUGCCUAGAAAAAUAAAAUGCUGGGAGUCUUAUGAAACUCCGGAACUCAUGUCUAAGGAUCAUCACAAAGAGACAAUAGAACACAGCAUGGUGGACCGCUCAUUGUGAUACACUUGAAAAUGAAUAGACGAAACUGUUGGAUUUGUAAAAUGUGCAGAGACGAAUCUAAAAGGCCCCCUUCAAACCUUACCUUGGAGGAAGUGUUACAGUGGGCCCAGUCUUUUGAAAAUUUGAUGGCUACAAAAUAUGGCCCAGUGGUCUAUUCAGCAUACCUUAAAAUGGAGCACAGCGAUGAGAACAUUAAAUUCUGGAUGGCAUGUGAAACCUACAAGAAAAUUGAUUCACGAUGGAGCAGAAUCUCUAAGGCAAAGAAGCUCUAUAGAAUUUACAUCCAACCAGAGUCGCCUAGAGAGAUCAACAUUGACAGUUCGACAAGAGAGACCAUCAUCAGGAACAUUCAGGAACCCACUCAGACAUGUUUUGAAGAAGCUCAAAAAACAGUGUACAUGCACAUGGUCAUGGAUUCGUAUCCAAGAUUUCUAAAGUCAGAAAUGUACCAAGAACUUUUGAAAACUAUACAAGCCAACAAUUCUUGACUAUCACUCAAAAGUGUAAAUCGAAGAUGGUAUGCUGACAGUAAUGACACUGUCCUUUUAGAGAAACAUAGAAUCUGAAAUAAAGUCACAAUGAAAGAGAAAUCAAAUUACAAUUUCAAUUCUUAUUCCACGAGAGGAACAGUUCCAAAGGGAUGCAUUUGAGAACUCAUAAAAAAAAAUGUAUGGCAUUAUUUUCUUCAAGAAGGUUGAUUUUCAUUUCUUCAGUAACACAUUAGUCAUUCAAAAGCAUGUUAUUCAGCUUCAUGGUGUUAUUUUUUCUUCCUGUUAUUGAUUU